UGUUUAAGGGUGUGGCGUAAUAAAUGGAGACUCAUCAGAUUGAACGUCCAUGGGGUGAGACAGUGAGCGGGUCAGAGCGCCAGAGAACCUCAAGCACAAUGGAGGAACCAAUUUGCAGAUUAACCCCGAAGAAGGUUGCAAUAGUUGGCGGAGGGUUGGUUGGGGCGCUGAACGCCUGCUACUUCGCCAAAAGAGGCUUUGAUGUGGAAGUCUUUGAAACUCGGGAAGAUAUCCGACAAGCCAAAGUGGUGAAGGGAAGAAGCAUCAACCUGGCUCUGUCUCACAGGGGCCGCCAGGCACUGAAGCAUGUUGGGAUGGAGGACAAGAUUGUCUCCCAGGGGAUCCCCAUGCAUGCGAGAAUGAUCCAUUCCACAAGUGGGAAACAGUCCCCGAUCCCUUAUGGAAAGAAAGGCCAGUUCAUCCUGUCAGUUGACCGAGCCAACCUGAACAAAGAGCUGCUAACCGAGGCAGAGGCAUAUCCAAACAUGAAGAUGAACUUUGAUCAUAAGCUCAAGGAUUGGAGUCCUGAAACAGGGCUAAUGACCUUUACCAG